AUGAGCGAACGGAGCGGAUACGAGGUCGUUGAGGUGCUAGCGGAGGAGAACGGUGUCGAUGAAACCAAGAUCACCGACGUCGUGCUGCACAACGACAAGUUCAAUUUCCUGACUAGAGGCGACCACGUGUGCGCCUUCAAGCCUAUCAUGAAUGGCCAGCGCCUGGCCCUGGAUGGUGGCUGGAUACUCAGCCGGUUCGUUCCAGCCCUCGCCGGCGACGACCUCCACAUCCGCGCUCGCUACCUCGUCGUGUCCCGGGAGGAGCUGCGCAUGCUCGUGAGGUUCACGCCCCACCCUCUUCAGCGGGGAACGUGUGGGUUCAAGGUGUUCCGGGAGAUGGAGCGGAAGAGAGCGGACGCGUGCCCGAACCCGAACUUCCCCAUUGAGGAGUACCCCUGGGCAUGGAGGGAGCUGGACACGUUGGAUGGCCGAAUGCUGUUCGUCGGGCAUGGCUGCUCCAGGUCCUACGAGGUGGAUCAGUACCCAGGCUCCGAGGCUGCCAUCUACUUCUUGGAUGACGGAGAUCAGUAUGACAACGCAGAGAUCUACUUCCGCCACGGCUAUGCUGUUGUUUCUAAUAGCAGCAUUCAGAGUGAGAUAGUUUCUGGUUUCGAUAUUCAAGAGUGA